AUGCGAAAUAUUUUUAUUUCGUUAAUUGCGAUACUUGUUAUUAUCGAGAUUCAUUUUUUUCAAGUUGAUGCUAGAAUGACUAUGACACAAAUUAGAAAUGCUAUGAAACCUAUGGGCAAAACAUGUGUUGGAAAAACUGGUCUCAGCAAAGAGGUGCAAGCGGGGCAACAUGAAGGACAAUUUCCGGAAGACGAAGCGCUCAUGAAGUACCACGAGUGUUUAUUGAAAUUGGCCAAAAUUGCUGAUAAAAGCGGGAAAAUUAAUCUAGACACGAUGCUCAAACAGAUAGAUAUGAUGAUGCCGGAAGAUGUAAUAAGCAAAGCAAAAGCAGUCACUACUGAGUGUUUCAAUGAAAUUAAAUCAGAAGAACCGGCUAGAGCGAGUUUUGAAUUUGUUAGCUGCUACUUCUUGAAAGGUCCAGAGAUAACUUUCUUCCCAUGA